AUGUUGUCCUCAUAUACGAGACAGAAACGAGGAGGCGAAGAGGACGAGUCGGACGGCGCAGAGCAAUCCUCGUCCAAAAAGCCGCGAUUUGACGUCCGAAACCCCUCUGCACUGGCACCAGAUGCCCUGGAGGAUGAUGCUGUUUUGGAUGCGGACGAAUUUGGCCACAGGGGCCAAAAGGUUCGUCGAAAUGCUGUAAAAGUGGAAGGGUUCGAGUCAGACAGCGAGAAUGAAGGAUUCGACGCCCGCGCUGAAGCAAAGUCAAAGGCUAAAAAACGGGAGAAUCGUGCCGACGACGACGACGAUAUGUUUGCCGAACUUGAAGAAGACUUUGCAGAAAACGAUAAUGAAGAUGAGACAGGUGGAGUGAAGCAUAAGAAGCAGGUUCGGUUCCUAGAAACAGACGAGAUAGAGGGACAGGUUAAUUCGUCGAAAGCUGGAGGGAAGGUUACCCUAGAUACCCGAUCAGCUGGCGGAAAAGGAAAAGGAAGAGCUAUUGAUGAAGAGGAGGAGGAUGAUAGUGGUAGUGAUGUUGGCGACGAUGUCCGUGCUGCCCUGCCAACAGACGUGGACAAGGAGCUUGGAGCAGGGAGUAAGAAGCAGCAUGCUCCUCUCCUCGACGCCUUCAACAUGCGGGCUGAGCAAGAGGAAGGCCGCUUCGAUGACGCCGGAAAUUACGUUCGAAAAGCAAUGGAUCCCGAUGCUGUUCACGAUUUAUGGUUAGAAGGUGUUUCCAAGAAAGAUAUGCGAAAAGCGAAAGAAGCAGCGGAAAAACGAGAGGAGGAAAGACGCCAGCAAUCUCUUGCUGCCGACAAGGUGCUGACCAGUGAUGUCUUGAAGACAUUGAUACAACACCUUGAUCGAGGAGAGACUAUUAUCGAAGCUCUAGCAAGGCUGGGCAAAGGGCUAAAGCACCGGGCUAAAUGGCAGAAUAAGAACAAAAAGAAUCAGAAAAAGGCCAAUGGCGUAGCUGAGGAUGUCGAAAUGCAGGAAGAAGACCCCAAGGAAGCAGAGAAGAAGCGGGCUGUGGAAGAAAUUACUGAGGCUGCUGAUAUGCUGCUAAGUCGUGGCCAAACAGAUAUAUACGAUACGGAGCGUGAGCUUCUCACUCGCAUGUAUCAACGGGAAACCGGGGAGCAGUGGGUAGACCCUCCUGGCCCCAAGACAACAGUUGACAAUGGUGGAGAUGGAGAGGAUAGUGAGAUGUGGGAGUUCCGCUGGUCGGAUUCCCGGGAUGGCGGCAUAAUACAUGGCCCUUACGAUAAGCCAACUAUGCAGUCAUGGAGUGGUGCUGGAUAUUUUUCGGAAGGCGGAGCGGAGUUCAGGGUUGCUGGAAGCUCAGGUCCCUGGAACCCAGGGGAUCCAUUCUCAUGA